AUGGACAGAAUACAAGGGGGCUGUGCCAGUCCUCUGCCACCAGAAGACGCAGGGAGGGGCAGGACUGGAGAACAAGACUCAGAACAAACAGUUGGAAAAGCACUGGAGUUCUUUCAGAUUUGUGAUCUGGAAGGCAAAGGCUUCAUCACUCGUCAAGACAUGCAGAGACUGCAUCCUGAGUUACCUCUUAGCCUGGAAGAACUUGAACAAGUUUUUGUGUUGGAUGCUGAUGGCAAUGGCUCACUUACUCCUAAGGAGUUCACCACAGGAUUUAGUGAGUUUGGAAAUAUUGUCUCCUAUAUAGAGCUUUAUUAUCUCAACUCAGACCAUGAGUGUUUCCAAAUGGAGAUCUCUUCCUCCUUGCUGACUAAUUCAGUUUGGAAUGUGCAGAUGAAUAACACCUCCAACAGAGCAGACAUUAUGUUCGCAAAGUUAGGAAUAGGAUGUGAAGAAAAGACAGCUUCACAGGAAAGCUAUCAGGAAGUUAUUGCAGUCCAGGCUUAUCGCCUACCAGGGACCUACCUCCCAAUGGAGGCAAGUAUAUUUUUAUCUCUUAAUAGGAAAGUUACUGCUUAUGAUGAAGAAAUUCAACAUCUCUAUGAGGAAAUGGAACAACAAAUCAAAAAGGAGAAAGAGAAGUUUCUCUUGAAAGACACAGAGAAGUUCCAGUCCUACAGUCAAGAUCUGGAGCGCAAGCUUCAGUCAAAAGAACAAGAACUGGAACAAUUGGUUCAAAGUCAGAAAAUGGUAUUAACUGAUAUCAUUCAGAGUUCAAAAAUAGAUAAUUUUUAUUUGAUGGCAGAGGCCCCAAUGAGAUUGGAGGUGAAAAUAUUAAGCAAGGGCCUCGUGGAUCAAGACAAGGCCAGGGAAGGCUCUCUGCCAGUUAUGGUUCCAGACAUGGAAGAGAAGAGAAUAAACUCUGUCCCAGACCACUUAUUCAAGAUUAUUUUUGUGGGCAGUUCAAGUGUUGGAAAGACUUCAUUCUUAAGGAGAUUCUGUGAAGAUCGUUUUUUCCCAGGCACAGCUGCUGCUGUAGGUGUGGAUUUCAGUGUGAAAACCAUGACAGUAGACAAUACCCAGGUAGCCUUGCAACUCUGGGACACUGCUGGCCAGGAAUGGUACCAAAGUAUUACCAAGCAGUUUUUCAGAAAAGCUGAUGGAGUCAUUGUUAUGUACGAUGUAACAGCAAAAGAAACAUUCACAGCUGUGAAGAAGUGGCUGAUAAACAUCGAGGAGAUGACUGGGGAGAAUGUACUGUUGGGUAAUAAAACUGACAAUGAAAAGGAACGUGAAGUCCCUAUGGGAAUGGGAGAGCAUCUUGCUAAGGAUUACAAUUUAUUUUUCUAUGAAUGCCGUGCAUAUUCUGGCUACAAUAUCAAAAAGUGUGUGCUCCACUUAGCAAGAUAAGAAGAUAACAUGAUCUGUGAGAUUUUAAAGGAACAUGAAGAUAAAGUGAAAGAGAAAACCAUUGAACUUCAACCUGAUAUGAAUAAAAAGUCUUGCUGUGUCAGGCCAUAA